AUGGUUUCUGAAUCGUUUCUGGAUAUACUACGCGGUAAGGGCGUUAUCCCUCGCGUUAAGGGAACCGGAAGCACUAGGGGCGGCCUAGUCUUUAAAGAGUAUUAUCUUAAACUCUGGCAAGGAGCGCAUAAAGGUCCUAAGGGCACACGGUUCUUAUUAUAUUCUUAUACUACAGAGUGGUUAACUAAGGGGUUCUCUAAGGGAGAGGGUAAUAAGGUGGUUAUAGUGAACCACGGGGAGGAAGAGGAGGACGAGGACGAUACUAACCCGGAUACGGUUAAUAAUAUCGAUAAGGACGAGGAUAUAGCCGAUACCUAUAAAGACGAUAACGAGCCUUCUCGGGGUUACGUAAAGGCUAAGCUGCUAGCUUAUAAGUAA